CUCCAGGGCGGACCUUGAUACCGAGCUAUCACAAUCUGAACUCUCAUGUCUUGAUUCUUGAAAGUUACUGUCAGCGGACUGCAGCUGACUGCAAAGAAAAAAUGUCCGCAGCGAAGCAGCACUCAAACGAACAGUGUGUUUACCGUCGACGGGACUUUGAAGAGCAGCCGGUGGAGGAGCAGCGAAGAUGGCACACUCCUCAACCUGUCCACGGAGCAGGACUACACCAGCAGCAGCAGACACACCGGGUUGAUGGCAACCGGACCCGACCUGGACCCCAUAAUGACCCCAUCUCCAGAUGGCCACUUGUGGACGACCCGACCACCAGACAGCCUCAGCUGGACGACUGCGAGCGGAUGGGGACUCUGUUCGGGAUGCUCAACAAGUACCUGCGAGGACUCGGCUUCAGCCAGAUGUACUUUGGGGACAAGAUAGUGGAGCCUGUGGUGAUCAUCUUCUUCUGGCUGCUGCUCUGGUUCCUGGGGAUCCAUGCCCUGGGGCUGGUGGGAACUCUGUGCAUCAUCAUCAUCUACAUUCAAAAGGAAUGAUGAUCAGAGUGGAGGCUGCUGUUUUUUAUGGUCCAUGCUUGCACAUGCUGAUGGCUGUUUGGACAGGGAUCCACAAAGGUUCUGUGCUUUUAGAUGAAGAGGGUCUGCAGGACUCUGAAGUGAUGGUGGUGCAGCAGGCUUCUGGGCAUGUUUUGAAGCAUGUUCAGACAGAAUAAAUCCAGAGCUGGGUCCUUGCUUCAGGGCUUUCUGGGCUGGAUCUUUGCCGCAGAAACAAGAGUGAUUCAGUCCUGCUGCCUGCGCUCGAGUGGCCCUGUGAUUUUCCAGGAUCAGGAAACACCGAUGGAAUAAAAUAAAUCUGCCCAAACAUUUUAAUGUAAAGUUUUUUGUUUUAAAUUUAUGUUCUGAUAGUUUUGGAUACCACGUGAUCUUAAGUGAAAAAUUACCCAAUAUUUUGUGCCUAGUACUUCUAUUUUUGUUGCCGCGGUAUCGAAAAGAGCGUCGAUACCGUUUGAUUUCUACUAGAAUCAUGUCAAAGUUAAAAAAUCUGGUGUCAGGCCAACUCUAUCUUUAAUUAUAAACGAGCAAUAUUGCUUUACAUUGAAUCCAUUCCCUACAUUUUUAUUAUUUAAUGAUUUGACUCUGCAUAAAAAGACAAAAAGUGCUUCACAUAAUUUGGGAUUAAAUCAAAACCGAAGUAAAGGUCUUCUGAAGACUCAUGUUGAUGAUGUCAUGUUUUGGAUGAGCCCUUUUCUGAGGAACAGAAAAGGGCAUUGCAGGAAGUUGUUUCUUUCUGUUUGCAUCAGGGCGUCAGAGUGAAAGUAGCACUCUCUCUCACACAUGCUGACAUGCAGAAUGUGGAGGUGUUGUGUUAGUGCGGCGCUUAUGUGACUCCAACGAUCAGUCAGGAGAAGAGUCUGAAUGUACAGCGGACACAGUACAUGUUAUGUGCAUGUGAAACUUACUGCAUUAUGUAAUAUAAUAGAGAUGUUCUGAUACCUUUUUUUCCAAUACCAAGUCCCAAGUCCUGCUCGAAUACAGCGAGAGACAUUUAAAGAAAAGCUGUGAACUGGAUGCUACGUAAUGUCGACUGUUUCCAAAGCUAUAUGAUGUGUCUUUAUACGUGAACUCAACUGAAGCCAAACUACUCUGCAAGGGCCGCUGAUGUGAUGUACAUUUGGAGUCAAAGUGCACAGUAGAGAUUGACUGGUGGAGCCUCAAUAUCGACGUCCCCUUCCAAAAUGCACAUGAGCAUGAUUCACACCAUUAAUUGAUAUUCAGUAGGAUGCUGCAAAGGAUGGUGAAGGGAUGACCCUUGCUACUCUGUCUCUAAUUGGCUAGCACGCUCACUUACUAAAUAUGCAAGCGGAAUCUGAUGUCACCGUUACUAACAGAGGCUGUUUCUCUCCGCUGGAUAGGACACAAAAAAUAAUUUGAGGAAAAAAAAUAAGAGUAUAUCUACUUCUUCAGGCAACACCGCUCCUGUUCCUCCUCUACUCUGACAAUCUGGCUCACACAGCGCCUCAUUUGUCAACAGAGCUGUCAGUCAAGUCGUCAUACCGCUCUUUAUAACAUAGUCACUAAUUAAAUCUAAACUGCUCAGUAUGUUAAGAAUCCAUGUUUUAGAAAACAUUGACAUAGCUCUUGUGUCUUCUUAAGAGCCUUGGAGGAACACUGUUUUUUGACAUGAAGCUGCUUUUUUUUCUGUUUUUAUUAGAGCCCGACCGAUUAAUCGGCCAUUCGAUAAUAUCAGCCGAUUUGAGCAUAUCAAGUCUUCAUUUUACUGGAAGGAAAAGAAAGGGACAAAUUGUGACAGUUUUAUUCGAGACUUUGUGUUUCACAGUGGACUUCCUAUCUUUCACCGAGUCUUCCAGUCUGUCUCUGCUGCAGAGUGACAGCAGUCACAUGACCUGAGAGGAUAUCACCAGUCACACAUUGAACCUUCACACACCUACACUGGAGUGGUUUUGGCUGAGUUAGAUUUUUUUGUUUAUCAUUCAUGUGUGAAGCUGUUUAGAUGAAAUAAUCAUAUCAUGUUUUAGGGGGUUAGGGUUGUUCUUCAGUGUGUGUUUUCAUAUAUCCUGCACACUAUGUUCUUCACCUGUCAGACUGUUUGAUUGAGUGUAACAAACACAAAAUGCCUCUUUGACACAUCAUCACAUGUGACUGUCAUCCAAGUACAUAUCCUCUAAGGGGUUAAUAAAAUCUCAAAGCCUC